GUCAUCCGGGACAUUACGAGAACAUUUGUAAUGGCGGUCAAGGUGGCAACUAGCAUGAUAAAAUAGAAGAUAUUUUGCCAUCUGCUGUAACUGUUCGCCUGAAAAGAGACAAAUUUAAAAUCACCGUUGAUGUCACGAUGAUGCAAGAUGCUGUACGAGAGAAAGCUCAAGUUACAAGUGACUUAAGAACGGUUGAAAUUGAGCAAGGUAGCCAGACACCAUCGUCGCAGACUGUGGAGAAAACGCAAGUGAUACCGAUUUCACAGUCCAAUUUUGGUCCGGAUAUGUCUGGAAGUGAUGACGAAGAAGCUUCUGAGGUUGACUCUUUCAUUUUGGAUGAAAAUGAUGUCGAAGAAAGUGAAGGUGUGCUAGAGCCUGCCAAGUUCCUAUUGGCAGCAGAGACCGAGGAAGGGCAGACAUUGCAGACUGUGGACCCUGAGACUCACGCACGUCUAGAGGCACUUCUGGAGGCUGCUGGAAUCAGCAAACUGUCAUCAAAAGACGGAAAAGCAUUAACUGAUCCAGAAGUGCUGCGGACAUUAACAUCGUCUGUGAGCAGUGCAUUAGAUGAGGCAACACAGGCUAUCAACUGCAUGCGCUCAGAGCAGCAGGGUCAGCUUCAGGGAGAGGGGGCUCAGACUUUGACGGAGCGUGAUGUAGGCACUGUGCGCAAGCUAUAUGAAAGUGGCAGUGUGCCAGAUACUACUGAAGAAGGGGAAAGCCUCCUCUCCUUGGCUUGCUCUGCAGGGUACUAUGAACUUGCCCAGGUAUUACUGGCAAUGAAUGCAAAUGUGGAGGAUCGCGGCAUCAAGGGUGACUGCACUCCUUUGAUGGAAGCAGCAAGUGGGGGUUAUCUGGAAAUUGUCCGGCUGCUGAUUCUGCAUGGGGCAGAUGUGAAUGCGCAAUCUUCUGCUGGCAACACCCCUCUCCAUUCUGCUGCCUGCGGAGGACAUGUAGAAGUUGUGAAAGAGUUGAUUACAUCUGGAGCAUCCGUGGAAGUGCACAAUGAGAAUGGCCAUACGCCACUCAUGGAGGCAGCCAGUGCUGGAUAUGUUGAAGUUGCAAGGCUACUGCUAGAAGCUGGUGCAGGAAUUAAUACUCAUUCCAACGAGUUCAAAGAGAGUGCUCUUACAUUAGCCUGCUACAAAGGUCACCUGGAGAUGGUGAAGUUCCUACUGGAAGCUGGAGCUGAUCAGGAGCACAAGACAGAUGAAAUGCAUACAGCACUAAUGGAAGCAUCUAUGGAUGGCCAUGUGGAAGUUGCCCGCUUACUUCUGGAUAGUGGAGCUCAGGUGAACAUGCCAGCAGACAGUUUUGAGUCUCCAUUAACUCUAGCAGCAUGUGGGGGUCAUGUAGAGUUGGCUAACCUGCUUAUAGAGCGUGGUGCCAACAUAGAAGAAGUGAAUGACGAGGGCUACACCCCACUUAUGGAGGCUGCUCGUGAAGGCCAUGAAGAAAUGGUUGCACUUUUGUUGUCACAUGGUGCAGACAUUAAUGCACAGACUGAAGAGACUCAAGAAACAGCUCUGACUUUAGCAUGCUGUGGUGGGUUUUUGGAGGUAGCUGAUUUCCUCAUUAAGGCAGGUGCAGAUAUUGAGCUGGGGUGUUCCACACCUUUGAUGGAAGCUGCUCAAGAAGGACACUUGGACCUUGUUCGGUACCUGUUGGGUGCAGGGGCUAAUGUGCAUGCCCAGACUGGCACUUGUGACACUGCUUUGACCUAUGCAUGUGAAAAUGGCCACACAGAUGUAGCAGAGGUUCUUUUGGAGCAUGGAGCAGUGCUGGAGCAUGAUUCUGAAGGGGGAAGGACACCUUUGAUGAAAGCAGCACGUGCUGGACAUAUGUGCACUGUACAGUUUCUUAUCAGUAAAGGAGCUGAUGUGAACCGGGCAACAUCAACCAAUGAUCAUACAGUGCUGUCCUUAGCUUGUGCUGGAGGCCAUCUGUCAGUUGUAGAGUUGCUUCUGGCAAAUGGGGCAGAUAUCUCUCAUAGGCUAAAGGAUGGUUCCACGAUGAUCAUUGAGGCAUCUAAGGGAGGUCAUGCAGUUGUAAAGUUGCUGCUGGAAUGGCCUAAUCGAUUGUUGCUCACCUCUUCCGUUGAUUUAGCCCACACCGACCUGACACACAUGAACUUAGCUGCUGGUGGUGCUGUGGAUGAGCCUCGAGUUCCGGUGCAGGGACUGGCCAACAUUGUUCCACCCAGCGAGCCUGACUCUCAGCUGCCUGGUUCACAUAACUUUGGAUCUACUGCUCAGGGCAAGAGCCAGGAAUCCUUAAGAGCAAGCGCAGUCAAAGCAGCAAGCAAGCGUAUAGUGAAUGGGGCAACGGGCGUGGAAGGGAAAGGAGGUGGGCCAAAGUCUAUUAGUGUCAUGGGGGACAGCCUUCAGCAGCUGAGUCAUGAAGGAGCGAUGCUGGCAGACUUUUCUGAUGAAAAGGCCACAGAAAAGGUGGAGGCAAUCAUCAACAACAUCAUGGCAAAGGAACUUCUGGCACCAAGUGCUAGCAGUCGCGAAGAACAAAUCCAGAGAAAGCAGCAGAUUUUGGAAGAGCUUCAGAAGGUGGAGAAAGAACUUCAAGAGAAGGCCCAGGCUCAGCAACAGUUAGAACAGCAGCAGCAACUUCUGAAGGCUCGUUCUGCUUCAGCUGCUAUUCCUGCAGCUGUACGUCAGGCUGAGGAGACAAAGAAAGCCAUGGAAGUAAAUCUAGCCUGUGCAGCACCCUCCCGAAGCAGCAGCAGCAGCAUGCAGCCAGGCCUAGCUGAGUCCAUUGUGUCUUACUGGGCCGCCAACAGUGGACUCUCCCUUGAGCACCCAGCCACAUCAUCCCCUCAGCUUGUGCUGCCCCCACAGCUGCCUGUCUCAACCCCCUCCUCCACCAUGGGAACCCUCAUCUCCCCAUCCCAACAGCAGGCGCAGCAAGCUGCAGCUGGAGGAGGGGGCACUUCUCAAGGAAGCAACCUCCCAUGUGGGAAUGGAGGGGGUAUAGGUGUAAAGACCUCCAACAAGCGGAACAGCAGUGGCAAGGUGCAGCGAAGCAAGUCUCAGCAGAUUCAGCAGCAACAGCAAGUCCUCAGCCAGCAACAACAGCCUCCUCUCCCACCCCCUCCACCUCAGCAGCAGUUGCCACUCUCCCCUCAGCCUCUUUCCUCUCCUCCUAUGAUCACAUUUUCAGGAGGGAGUGGCAAUGAGUGCGGAAGCUCUCCAGCAGCAGCAGCUGGCAGCCCUGGCACAACAGCAGCCUCAGCAACACAUGCAACAACUUGCACUCCCCCACUUACACAGGACCAGCUUCUUCAUCACAUGAUUUCUCAGCAAGUUAUUCAGGCUCCUUUGGGCCCAUUCCAACAACCAUUGCACCAGUUGUUGCCUCAGCAGCCACCUCAGCCAGCACUCUUGACGCAUCAAGAAAGGGCUCAGUUAAUUCAGCAAACUCAGCAGGCCCAGUUACUGCAACACCAACUUCUCAAACAGGCUCCAGGAACAAAUGCAGCAAGUGCAGUCACUAGUCCUUCUGUGGUGGGCAGCACCGGUGGUGGUGAAGCUGCGGGUGUGAUCAGUGACAAGAGUCAGGGUGCCCUGUAUCCUACAUCUGUUGAUGUAGAUUCCCAAACUGAAAGUAAUCAUGACACAGCCUUGACCCUAGCAUGUGCUGGUGGCCAUGCUGAGCUUGUGAGUCUGCUUCUUGCCAAAGGUGCUGACAUUGAACAUCGGGAUAAGAAAGGCUUUACCCCAUUGAUUCUGGCUGCCACCGCUGGACAUGUGGAUGUGGUUGAGAUCCUUUUAGAACAUGGUGCCGAGAUUGAAGCCCAGUCAGAGAGGACUAAGGAUACUCCACUAUCCCUGGCUUGUUCAGGGGGAAGAUAUGAGGUGGUGGAACUGUUACUAACGAAAGGCGCUAACAAAGAGCAUCGGAAUGUUUCUGAUUAUACUCCCCUUAGUUUGGCAGCCUCUGGGGGUUAUGUCAACAUCAUUAAGCUUCUCUUGUCUCAUGGGGCAGAGAUCAAUUCCAGAACUGGAAGCAAGUUGGGAAUAUCACCAUUGAUGUUGGCAGCAAUGAAUGGGCACACUGCUGCUGUGAAGCUGCUUUUAGACAUGGGCAGCGAUAUAAAUGCCCAGAUCGAAACCAAUCGCAAUACAGCCUUGACUCUUGCCUGUUUUCAAGGUCGCCAUGAAGUAGUUAGUCUGCUGGUGGACCGAAAGGCAAACAUUGAACAUCGUGCAAAGACUGGGCUCACCCCUCUGAUGGAGGCGGCAUCAGGUGGUUAUGUUGAAGUGGGGCGUGUUCUGCUUGAUAAGGGAGCAGAUGUUAAUGCUGCACCUGUCCCAUCAUCAAGGGACACAGCUCUAACUAUUGCUGCCGAUAAAGGUCACUACCGCUUUGUGGAACUUCUGCUACAUCGUGGCGCCGCUGUUGAUGUGAAGAAUAAAAAAGGAAACUCUCCCUUAUGGCUAGCUUGCAAUGGUGGCCACCUGGAUGUGGUGCAGCUGCUGGUGUCAGCUGGGGCUGAUGUUGAUAGCCAGGACAACCGCAAAGUUUCCUGCCUCAUGGCAGCUUUUCGGAAGGGACAUGUAAAAGUUGUCAAAUGGAAAGUUAAACAUGUUACACAGUUUCCUUCUGAUGCUGAACUUCAGCGGUUUAUUGCCACAGUAACUGAUAAGGAAUUGCAGAAGAAAUGCCAGCAGUGUAUGGACAUAAUUGUCACUGCCAAAGAUCGGCAAGCAGCAGAAGCCAAUAAGAAUGCCACUAGCCUGUUGCUUGAAAUUGACAAAGAACGUCAGGUGGAAGAGCAUCGCCGUCUUCAGGCUGCAAAGCGACGUGAAAGGAGAAAAGCUAAAAAACGAGAGAAGUUGAAGGAGAAGGAUAAAGAUAAAAACUCAUCUCCAGAGCCAGAAGGGACUGAAAACCAUCUGGAAGAUAAUGAUGAUGAUGAAUAUGAUGAUCAAGUAGAAGUGGGACCUCCAUCUGCAACUGUAACUUCUACCAUAGGCACGACACUGGUGAAGAACACAGAAGCCAAGAGUACCAGACCUAACAUGAUAAAGUUGUCUCCAUCUUUGUCGUCAUCAUCAUCUUCCUCAACAGGCCCAGCUCUUACUCCACCUGGCAACGCUAUUACUUCAUCUACAAAUUCCCAGUCUAUCUCUUCCACUAUUUCCAACUCUUCCUCCGCUACGGAAUUGAAGAAGAAUCGGCGUAACCGCAAAGAGAAAAUAGAGGGAAUGGAGCUGAAAAGAAACCACUUGCCUUCUCCUUCCUCUCCUCCAGCAUCUGUAUCAGUAUCCAUGGCUACCAGCUUGGCUGUUACAAUAGCCAUGAUGACCAAUGCUGGAGGGAAGCUGGGCUUGUAUUCCAUUGCUGGAAACAACAGCUCAAGCUCUAAUACAUUCACCAGCAGCAACUCUAACAACAACACUAACAGUUCCAAGUGCAAGAAAAAUGACAUCAUUAAGCAGCCACCUCCUAGUGGCAAAAACAGAGUAGGAGACCUGGAUGAUUUUGGAUCUGUGUCUGGAAAAGUCACUUACAAAGAUGUAGACAAACUAGGGAGAAAUCUGGAUAAAGUCAAAAUUGCUGCAAGCGACAGCAUGUGCCUGGUGGAGCGGGACUCUAAUCUGGCCCCUAAGUUGUCUCCACUUGGUACAAGUCCUCGUAAGGGUCAGCGUAAGGAUGAAGGAUGGAAGGAGGUCACAAGAAAAUCCAAAAAAGUUCAAGUACCAGCAAAUGCCAUCAGUCGUGUGAUAGGUCGAGGAGGUUGCAAUAUAAAUGCCAUAAGAGAAACAUCUGGAGCUCACGUAGAAGUGGAGAAGCCGAAAGGGUCUGGGGAUCGCUUCAUCAUGAUCAAGGGUUCUGCUGAGGCCACUAGACAGGCUCAUGCAAUGAUCAAUGCCUUAGUACAAGAACCUGACAAAGACCUGUCAGAGAUCAUUUCAAGGACCAAGGGCAAACCUGUGGAGAAGAUACAGCAGACACCAGCUACUAUAGGUGACUUUGCUAUUGGGAUGUUCUCUGUGCCUACUACUUCUGCUACUACUACGAGUGGAAAUGGCCAGCAUUCAGGCAAGACAUCUACAUCAGGAAAGUCGCAGAGCAAUCGCCAAGCAUCAACCCCCAGCACAGCACUUAAUGGCAUGCGUUUAUCUUCCAGCACAACUGGACCUCCAAUUACUGUCUGGCAGAAUCAGCAAUCUAAUUCAGGCACACCUGCCUCCCCACGCCGCAGCAGCCCCCAGAAGCAGUUAUCUAGUAAUGCCUCAUCAUCCACCAGCAUGCCUUCCCUUACUUCAGGCACUGCCAACCAAGAGAAGGGUAUUUCGCGUCAGUUGUUCUCAUCAGAACCACAUCGCCGAGCUGGAUCUGCCACACCCACUACAAGUUCUAGCACUCCGCCUAGUUUCAACAUCAGCAACCCAACCCUCAAGUCAUCUGUGGUUACCGUAGGCCGUAAUUCCACAGACCGACAGCAGACACCAACCAACAUUGGGACAUCCAGCACCAGUGGUGUCACUGGUGCCAGCAUCAGCAGCAAGACUGUAGGACGUCCUGGAUCAAGCACCAUACGUCUGCUGCAGCGGCAAGGAUCUGGCACCACUCGCUCAGACCCCCAGCCUCUGCCAAUAGUGUCUAGCCAUGUUUCCACUAGCAUUAGCCCUGCUACUACAUCUGUCACUUCCAGUGCUGCACAGGCUUCUCCAGGCAACUACUCUCCCUUUGAGAGCACAAUUUUCUCCAACGUAACUGUCCAGUUCCUCAAUAAGAAGGAAGAGGAGAAGCUUAACUUUGCUAGUGUUGCUGCAGCAGGAGUAGUUCCAAGCCAGUCUAGUCCCCUGUCAGGACAGCCACCGUCUGGUCUGCCUGGUCCUGGAAAUGAGGUUGAUCCAAAUCUUCAGGCCAAGGCUCCUGGUUACAAGAUGGGCAUUAGAACUGCUUCCCCUCAGUCGCGUCCAGAACAGGCCAAUCGUGUAUCUGCAAACAUGCAUUUCCAGCUGCCACUGGGUGGUGGGUGUUAUCCAGGCCCAUCACUACCACCAGGAGUGAGCAUGCCUCCACGUCCAAGUCUCCCGAACCCUGCCAGCGAUGGGGGCAGCAUGUCUCCCCAUAAUCCUCCCCACAUGAGUUCGCUUGACCAUAUGGCUUCACAGCACAACCCACUGGUUCCACAACAGCUCAGUCAGACCCCCUUGCACCAUCCUCUCAGCUCCAACCAAAAGGAAGAAUAUAGUACCCCUCACCAGCCAAUGACAUUGCCUGAAAUCAAAAGCACCCUAAACCCUAAUGCACCCGACUUUUGCGUCAUGGGUUCUGGCAUUGUCAGCACACCUUCCAGUCUUGUGAAUGGCUUUGCAUCCUCAGGAAUGGGAGAUGGGCGUGUUGGGAGUGAUCUUGGAAAUGGCAUGGGUGGUGGAGGUGGAAAUAACAGUGCGGUGUUGGAGAUGGAGAUAGAGGAGUUGGUAUGCCCACAAUGAAUAAUCUGCAAGCCCUGCAGCAGCAGCUUCAGCAA